GCUUUCAUAAAGCUGACGGGAAACCCGAGAAUGAUCAUGUUCGAAGGAUAAACCCACCUUAUCGGAUAAGAUUGUCUGGCCUUCUCUGAUUCGUCGGAUAGGUUAACCCCGUUCAAAUGAGGGACGUCCGAUCAAUCUCAACGACAUUUCAAACAAGAACAAAGUAAUUGACGGAACUGCAUUGAGGUUUCUGUCUACAAGAUCAAUUUCAGGCCAAUUCCUUCAACGGCUUCUUCGAAAUCUCGAGUGGUUUAUAAUGGAAGCGACAAAUACCUCCAGCUCCGGAGGAAUGGCAACUUCAGAAUCAAUUAUGGACUAUUUGGGAGACAGCCUCGAUAAACUCGGUUGUCGCAGGAUAUAUGUACCUUUUGUGGGCGAGGUGUACUUUGUAUCACUUUACAGAAUCGGGCUCUAUCUGUGUCUGUUGAUCAUGCUGUCAAUGAAAAAUUCUGAGCUUCGAGCGGCAAAACAACAGCUUCGGAAGACUGAAGAGGCUCUGGAAGUGAUGUCGGGUAUUGUCGAGUGUUUUAACUCUCGUCCAAAAAUGACCAUCAGUCAGGUAGUUUACAUAAUACUUCCACCAAAGGGCAUAAUCACACUGACAACGGACAGCUUUAUAUAUACCCAAUAAAAUCUCUUCGAGGAUGUUCUCUUCCCUCGGCCACUCUCACUAAAGAAGGCUUUUCUUAUGAUCGAAAGUUUAUGCUCCUCAAAAUUCACGAUAAGGGUUCUAAAUCGGGUCAUUAUCAAAAUAUGCAUGUACCUCAUCAUCCCGAAAUGGUCCUAUUCCAUACAUCCAUUAAAGAUUCAACUCUAUAUGUUACUUAUCAUUCACCUGACGCUCCCAAUUCUCCAAACGAGGAACGUCCAACAUUAGGAAUCGAACUUUCACCUUCUACCUUUUCCAAUCUUCAGCAAGUCAAGGUUGAAAUGCAUGGGAGCGCAAUCACAGCUUAUGAUAUGGGAGCGAAGUACAAUGAAUGGUUUACUAAAUACUUUGGCUAUGAAGUUAUCCUUGCAUAUGCUGGCAAUAACCGUCGACUCGUUCUUGGAAAUCUCCCUGGAAAACCAGCAACUGAAGGUCCAACGAAUUUGACGCCCACCAUGAAACUCUUGCAACACAUUCCUCUAAUCAAUUCAUUGAUUUCAAGUCAGGUUGAUGAAACAAUUGCCUUCAAUGACUGCGCGCCUUACCUUGUCAUUACGGAAACAUCAUGUGAUGAUGUGUCAAGUCGUCUACCAGGCGACACCAAAAUGGAUAUUACCAAGUUCCGCGCCAAUAUAAUUGUUUCAGGUUCCUGCUCCGCCUAUGAUGAAGACUACUGGGGCGGAUUAACAUUUGGUUCCGAUAAAGACAAAGAAAUUAUUCUGACAGCCAAUUGUGGAAGAUGUGUAUCUUUAAAUGUCGACCAUGAAAAAGGAACAGGAGCACCCAAAGGAGAAGGAGUAUUGAAGUUAUUGAUGAAAGAUAGGAGAGUAGAUGAAGGUGUGAAGUACAGUCCUAUUUUUGGAAGAUAUGGAUUUCUCGGUGGCGGGAGUGAGGGGAAGAUUUUGAGAGUUGGUGAUGAAGUGAAAGUUUCGAAGAGAAAUAAGGAAAGGACGAGAUUUCGUAAGUUGAAUUUUUGUGGUCUUUUGAAUGAUGUGGCUUGAGCUGAUUAUGAAUGAUAGAUUGGCCUGGAAUUUCGACUUGAUUCUUCUGGACUUUUAUUGUGCCGUACACAGAAUACUGGGUCUGAUAGAACUGGGAUGAAAAAGGCAAGAAAGGUUGUUAUGUGGAUUCAUAAAUUGCUAUUUACAUCAAUUUACAGAGCGGAUGUCAUAAUUCUUCAUUGCUUACUUCUAACCUGAUACUUUAAGUAUUGAUUACAUACAAUAAUCGUAGAUACUUAUUGGGUGAUUGGUAGCUCUAGGUAUUGUGUGUAGGUGAUUAAAAAUACGGAGAGGCAGAGAA